CCAACCCCUUGUCAAAAAAAGAAGAGUUUCCUCUUACCACUCAGCUCGCUAGUGUUUCAUUGACCGGUACUGAACUUAACCAACAGACUAGCAAGUGUUCGCCAUGCCGGCCCUCCUGAGGACGAUCGCCCGCCGUGCUGCUCACGCCCUGCGGAGCCCCGUCCUGCGGGCAAACAUGUACUCAAAGCCGCCGAAGGAAAACAUCGGCGUGGUUGAAACGACCAUUGGAAUGGGGGUGUUCACCUUGACCAUCCUGGGACCGUCCGGAUGGAUCUUGGCUCACCUGGAGGAUUACAAGAAGAAGGAGUAGAGCGGUCCAGUGUGCGUCAGCCCGGGACCAUCACCGCUCAGUUCGGCUACAGAGACAAACUGGAACAAGUCUUACUGAACCCGCCCUUUACCUCUGACAGUUCCACUCCGGAUCCAGUUUCAUCAUCAGUGACUCUGAAACUCUGAAUCUGUUGAACAUCUUCCCUCACAGGAGUUUGUUACAGAAUUAAACUUUAAGGUUCAAGCCUUC